AUGGUCUCACCACAAGAUCGCAUUCCUCAGUGGGACUUCGAGAAUAAUUGGAUUCUUGGUUUAUGUUGGAUUUCAUCGUGCUUCUUCAUGCUUUCCGCGCAUCUUUUGCUGAAUUUGCCGUCAACUAGUCGUUACAUAUUCGAAUGUUUAGGAUCUGCCCAGACAGGUGAAGUCAUUUCUCCACGUAUGAAUGACGUUUCGAUGAUAAAGAUGUAUGGAAGUGCAUGUCAACCUUCCAAAGUAUAUAAGGUCAAUAAUUUAAGGACCCGUAUGGUUAAUCCUUCCCAUUUGAGCUUGACGAGAUUCGUCCACACUUCAACUCAAAAGGAUGUUGAGAACAGCGGUGGCCCCAGGUUCAUGGAUUAUGUUAGGGGGAUCAUAGAGGAAGAAGGGAAAGCCCUUGGUGGUUUUCAAUUUUCUCGCUACAACAUGGAGCAAGAUGUCGAUUUCGUCCACAUAAAGCUUAUGCGCAACAAUACGUUUGUUACCGUGACCGAUUCCAAAGGGAACAGGAAGAUUGGUGCAUCGGCUGGGUGUUUGCCGGAAAUGAAGGGAGGCCCGAAGCUAUCUAGAUAUGCUGCUGAGGCGACUGCUGAACACGUGGGGCGACUGUCCAGGAGUUUGGGGUUGAAGUCUGUUGUGAUGAAAGUGAAAGGGUUUACCUAUUUCAAGAAGAAACGGCAAGCAAUCAUGAGCUGGAGAGAGGGCUUUACAAACGCUCGUGGGAACCAGAACCCGAUCGUGUACAUUGAGGACUCAACUCGUCGUCCCCAUAAUGGUUGCCGACUUCCGAAGAGGCGUCGCGUAUAAGCGAUACUCAUAAUGUUGUUAGAAUGUUAGAUCGUCUAAUUGUCAAAGUGGAGCCAUACACUUCUUGGUCUUGGGACGGGCAAAGUGAUGUCCAUUUUGGAAAAUAAUCUUGAGCUGUUCCUUUACGGAUUUCAAAGUAAUGGUUAAUUACAGUGACAUUAAUUUUCUGUGCAAUGUUAUGAUAAUCAUGAGGGUUUUAUGGCUUAGUUCGCCAA